AGCACACGGCGUUGGAGCGCCGCACCGGUAACCUAGCCUCACUUGUAAGCGCGGCGCACUUUUCACCGCCGCACGCAACGCUCCGCGCUAUCCGGCGGCAGUUCGCGACGGACCAUCGUUUCAGGUGUUGCUCCUUCGAGUCGGAUCGCUAAAGCCGCAACUACGCGAAAUAAACGCAAAGCGCGCGCUCGUCGCCGUCCCGUCCGCGAUGCACUGUAGUGUUAUGUUCUAGUGAUAGGAUAGCUGUUGUUUUGUUGAUGCUGUUAUCAGUUGGGGUAUGAGUGGUGUUUUGUGCAAGGCGGGCCUUGGCGACGGAGGCCGGGCCCUUAGGAACCUCCUGUUCACCUUCGUUCUUUGCUACUGGACCGUGGUGCUGGUGCUUGCUGAUACUAAUGGAAGAUUGACGCCGAAUUCAGUUUUGGCAAAAAUUUGGUGUAAAAUAAUCCCAUAUUUCUUGAAGCUUUUGUCUCAGUUCGGUGAUUGUACGAGCAGGAUACGAUGCAGUGGUGUGGUAGGCGGUCUCUGACUGUCGAACGCGGAGGUACCACCCGGCGGAUCUCGUAGGCGGAGCCAGAAUGUGUGCAUGUUGCAUGCACACGUGUUCCCUCGCCAGAGUCCGUGUAGCGUUCCCCCUUUCCCAUGUAUCCCCCUAUAGCCCCACGGUACCCAAUGGGUG